GAAUUGCGUGACUUUGUCUCUAAAUACAAACUUCACUUCACUUGCUCUGCUACGUCUGCUUUGUUCUCUGAAGGCAAAAAACAUCUGAUAAUCUUGGUUUCCAAAUUUCCAAAGCAUUUAAAGGAGGAGGAGGGAUGAAAAACAUCAGCAGCAGCAGCAGCAGCAGCAGCAGCACUACCAUGACCACCACAACCACCGCACAAUCGGUGCCGGACAUGGUGGCUGCGAUCAGAUUCCAUCCCACUGAAGAUGAAAAGGCCGACUUCUUGAGGAAGAAGAUGAAAAAUCACAACUCUCAAGCCUGCCUCUUCCUCCCUGUCAUCGAUCACCGCAAGUUCGAGCCUUGGGAAUUGCCUGAGAGCAUGUUCCCUGAAUCUCCAUAUCAAGCUAAGGCGUGGUACUCCUUCAGCUGGUGUGAUUACAAAUCCAACAAUAGUCCUCGCUUCAAAAGGAAAACAGAGCGAGGCUUCUGGAAGAUGAACGGCCAUCAACGGGAUGUCGGUCCGAAACAUUUCACUUGCAAAAAGAGGACAUUAACCUUCCGAAAAAAGACCUUCCAGGAAGGUCGUAGGUCUAAAUCCGUUACGACCAACUGGAAAAUGCACGAGUACAUUCGCAUUAAGUCUAAACGGGGUUCUAGUCCCCAUCAGGCGAGGGAUCAGCAAAGGGGCCUUGUUCUCUGCGUCCUCAAGUAUAAACCAGCUGAUUCUAAGUCUAAUAAGAAGAAGCUUAAGGGUACUUCGAUCCGUGGUGAUUUUGCUGAUAGUACUGAUAAUCGUGGCUACAUUGCCUCUAGUUCCGGAGAGGAUGAAGCUGCUACUGCUGCUGCAACGAAUCAUAUGUCUCCAGACACGGAAGAAGUUCUAGCAUACAAACAGCUAGAACAUGAUCUGCUUGGUAGUGGAAAUCAAGAUGAUGGUGAACCUGGUGGUGGCAGCUCAUCUGAAUUUAAUCAAUCUCUACGCGACAUGAUUCAAGAGUUUUGGUGGCAGUUAUGUCCCCCAGCAGGUGAAUAUCUGAAUUCACACUUUCCUCUUCCUGAGCCACCUCAGCCUCAUCAGCCACCACAGCUUGGAAAUGCUCCUGAUGUCUGUAGUGGCGAAUUGGUUGAUCCUGGUACCAGUGGCUGCAUUACCUAUAAUACUGAUAACCAAGCUGCGACAAUGAAUCAUAUGGUUUCCGACACAGAAGAAAUUCUGGCAUUCAAACAGCUAGAGCGUGAUGUGUUUGCCGGUGGUAAUCACAAUGGUGGUGAACCUGGUAGUGGUAAUUUGACCUUUGGUGAUGGUAAUGAUGAAACUGGUGGCUGGAAAUUCUCGGAUUUCGAUGAUCGAGCUGCAUCUGAUAUGUUUCAAGAGUUGUUUCGUGAGAUGGGAGAAAUUCUAAAUUCAUCUUCUCAACCGCUGCAGCCACCGCAGCAACAUCAGCCACCACAGCCACAUCAACCACAGGAUUACUGCUCCUCCACACUGCAGGCACCAUUACACACUUUGCCAGGAAAUGUUUCCUAUGUCUAUGGUGAUUGCACAAGGCGGCAAUCUUUAAUUCCAGAUAAUAUUUCUUAUCUGGGAUAUAAGAAUAAUAUUUCAACCUGUGAUCCCAAUGAACAAGUUAGCAAACUUAAUGGUGUUCACGAUCGAGCUACAGAGGAAAUGUUUUCAGAGGCUUUUUUUCAACCACAUGAAUGUAUGGGUCCACCGUUUGAUCCGUUACAAGAUUACUUGCUGCUGUCACCAAUGAACACGGAACUGGGAGAUGGUGUGCAUCCCAAUAACUAUAUUGGAUGCAAUGAUGAGUUGCGAUCUCCAGAUGAUAUGGAGAUUCAAACUCGUUUCCCAUGAAGUUCUUGAUUUAUCAUUGUUGACCAGGAUUAGUAAUUUAGUAUCCUGGGAAGAAACAGCGUACCCUACGUUUAGUGACUCUAAUCUACCAGAGUCACAAGCACGAGUCUUAAGAUGGCAACAGCAACAUAGGUUUAGUCAGUAUUAGUUACUCAAGAAUAGCUAGUGAACAACAAGAUUUAAUUAUCGAAGAACAGCAAGAUCUUAGUUAUCGAAGAACAGCAAGAUCUUAGUUAUUGAAAAACAGCAAUAGGGGACUUGUAAACCCCAAGAGCUCUAGCAAGAGUAGAGCAUCACCCUUAUCUACAAUUCAGGAACUGUAGGCAUUAUGUCCAGGACAACCGAUGUAGGUUACCUAAGCCUAUUCUUGUUCCUUUUGGCCGUUGUAAGAAUUCCCUAGUUUUAGAAACUUGAAAGCUUGUUAGGUGAACAUGUUAGUUCAAAGAACAGCAGUAGAAGCCAGUGUUUGAGAUGUCAUGAGGAAAUCUACUCUCCUCUGACGAGUCCAGAUGAAGUAAAGAUGUCUUUUCUCAGAAUCAGCAGUUGUUUGGAGACCGCAUAUCUCAUGUCAACCAGGCUACGAGUAUUCCUUAGCAAAAUUGUCUUCAGAUGGUGUACUUUCUUCAUCAAAAAGUCAUACAAACCUCAGCAAAAAUGUGUCAAAUAAUGUACUCUCUUCGUCAAAGUAAUACGUACCUCAGCAAAACUGUCUUCAACCAUCAUCCAUUCGCGUCUAUCCACUGGGAGUUGGUCCGAGAAGAAUCCGACUGCAAAGCUGUAUCACAAGACAAGGUCAGGGAAGCUGCAGAGUAUUGCAUUGCUCUUCAUCUGCCCGGGAAGAAAACAAAAACCAUGUCUUUGAAGCAUACGGUUUUGAAGCAGGCAACUAUAGGAUUCUUUCACUGGAGCAUCUCCUCAAAACCAUCGAUCAAGUCCCCGUUGGGGAAUGGUAUAAUACUUUGAUACCAAGUUCUAGUUCUAGCCUCGUACUCAGGCUUCGUUCGACUAUUCUGGAAAUGGCGUUAUGCAGGAUCUGCUGCUGCGACAUGGCUGCUGGAGUCUCAAAUAUAUUACAAUAACCAGGCACCAAUGGUGAUGUACCGGUUGUUGGUAUUGAAAUUUGAGGUUCCGUCCCUAAUGGAGUAGCAAGUACAAUCAUUAUCAAAAUCGGAUGAUUAUGAUUGGUUUAAUCCUUUGAUAACCUUCAGAAUUAAACACCCUUUCUUAUGUAAAUAUUGCUUUACUUAAUUUCCCUGUAUCAGCUGCUGCGUUUCUGUGCAGCAUUUCUGCUUUUCCUGUACUGCUUUCAUGUUGUAUUGUUAUUAAUACUGUUUAUGUGCAACCUUUCAAUUUCUUGGAAUUUCGUUUAUUAUAUUC